AACCAGGAAGCCGACAGCUGCGACGCGCUGCAUGUGUCCUCUGUAUGACGCCAACAGGCAGGCCUGGAUAGAGUUGAAGCCAAUGAGUGUCGCCCGCCUCAGCCAUGGGGGGUUUCUGUUCGUGAUGGGUGGAACAGAUGAACACAACACAGUCCUGUCCAGUGGAGAGAAGUAUGACCCCGACUCCAACACCUGGAGCCCGAUUCCCCCAAUGCUACAGGCUCGUCAGAACUUCGGUGUGGUGGAGCUGGAUGGUCUGAUCUAUGUUCUUGGUGGAGAGAGUGAAGAGCUGGGGCUGAUUACUGUCGAGGUGUUCGACCCCUACUUCAAUACCUGGAAAAUGCAGACCAGUAUGACCAUGAUCCGCAAGGUCGGCUGCUACGCCUCCAUGAAUAAGAAGGUCUAUGCCAUUGGUGGGGGCUCCUACGGGAAGCUGUUUGACUCUGUUGAAUGCUUUGACCCCAAAACCCAGCAGUGGACGGGGCUGUGUCCUCUGAAAGAGAGAAGGUUUGGCUCGGUGGCGUGCGGCGUCGGUCAGGAGCUUUACGUGUUCGGUGGAGUCAGAAGCCAAGAGAACGACAACCCCGAGCAAAGACAAAUGACGACCUGCAAGUCUGAGUUCUACCAUGACGAGAUGAGGAGGUGGAUGUUCCUGGAUGACCAGAACCUGUGCAUCCAGACCAGCUCCUCCUUCGUCUACGGCGCCGUGCCCAUUGGAGCCAGUAUCUACGUGGUGGGGGACCUGGACACAGGCACAAACUUUGACUACAUCCGGGAGUUCCGGCGCACCACCGGGACGUGGCAUCGCACCAAGCAGAUGUUACCCAGCGACCUUUCCAAAACGGCCUGUGCCAACUUGCGCAUCGCCAAUUGUCGACUGUUCCGCCUUCAGCUGAGUCAGGGCAUGUUCCGGAUCAGAAUCUGACCCGAGACAGCAGCCGGCAGCUCUGUCCCGGCUCCAUGUGUCUCCACUUUUGCACACUGGUACGCUCUAUCUGCUGUAGGUCUGAGUUUAUAUACAAACACUAAAGCGCUGUAGUCGCUACGCUUUGAAGAUCUCGACUCCACUCAUUGGUUUAUACUCACGACCCUUUUGAUGUAUAUUUAUUGUAUGACCAAAUGGGAUAGACUUUAAUCUGAACACAUUUUUAGCUUUAUGGGUUUUAUGACAUUUUUCUUAUCUAAAUCUAUUUUCUUUGAAGUGUGGGAUCCUUUUUUUACAACUUUCUUUUAAAGGACAUUGCUCAUUUUGAAUGCUUUCUGGUUCUCGGUUACUUGGUGAGGGAUUCAUUAUACACCAGUCACUACCCCUUUAUUACACUAGAAAUCACGCUGCACAGUUUUUGCAGAGACAGCGAGGCCCGCUGUGGUGCCGCUUUAUUAAAGGAUCACUCUAGAUCAUUUCAAGGCUGCAAAUAUCCCAUUAUUAUCACCGUUAUGACGUUCCAGUUCAUGAUAACUUUGCACACGUCACCUUGUGGUAGAGAUACGAGGGAAGGAUGAGUCACACAUGAAAGCAAAGUAAAAAGUUGCAGCAGGAAUCAGCUGCCUUUUUGGUAAAUGCAUUAGACACUUGCCAGCUGACUCAGUCACAUGCAUAUUAAGCCUCACACGCUGGUUUGUUUUACGUGUGUGUGGAUGGAUAAUAUUCUGUUUGGCAUGUGCUGGUCACAGCAAAAACUGUAUGCAGAGUUCUGCUGCUGCAGUUCUCGAUGCUCAUGCUAAAGUUCAGAGAAGCCACAGGCUGCUCUGAACACUCGGUUUCAGGCAGGUAGCUAAGCUGAUGCUAAUUGUUAAUCAAAACUCUUUUUAGAUUUGCUGUUACGGUGAUCCCACCAGCAAACACGCCUUCCUUUACCAUCAACUUUUAAUGCAAGAUGCACAUUACACCACCUUAGUUCAUGUCUUUAGGUGAGGCCGAGGUCAACUAACCCCCAUGCUGCUGUGACAGAGUAAUGUAGAUAACUGACUAAUGAAAAGGUGUUUUAAAUCCAUCGUGGGGAGAGAAUAACUUUGGUUUUUACAGCCUAAAAAAACAUAAUACGGGCACUUUAGCAGCACUUUUAGUCUGAUUGGUGAUCCUCGUUGUUACGUGCCUAAACUGAACCCUAAUCAUCCCGCAACAGUUUGACAGUUUAGAAGAAGGAAGUAAAAUGAUUUUGUACAGGAAGCUGUAGGAGCACAGUUCUGAAUCCACAACCAAAGAUUUCACAAAUGUCUCUUAAACUCCAGGAAACUGUCGACGUUACUGGAAGCCCUCGCAGUGCGGUUGUGUCCUUUAAAAACUAUGCCGUGCAGCUCAGACGGUGUAGAAAAGCCAUGUGGAAUUCUCCAAACUAUGCACGAACACGGGUGACUUGCUUUUGGUGACAGCACCUGAUUCCAUAUAUUCACAGAAACGUUCCCACGUGCUGAUUUCAGCGUUUGCCUCUUGGAGCACAAACUCUUUAAUGGAUUAUCACUUUUUAUCUGAGCUGGUCCGGGCCCGGUCCAUUAUAAAAUAGAGCACGUAACACUGGUGAUUUACCGGAUGUGCUGCAGCUUUGCUGACCUCUGACCUGGCUUUACAGUCAGGACAGUUUUGGCAUCUCUUGACCCCGUUUGUUCUGUGUGAGUUACAGCUGCUGCUGUCUGUCCUGCACUCAGCGGCUGCGCUUACAAAAUGUGCACUCGCUAAGCAGAGCUCGUGCCCCGUUUCAUGCAGCGCAGUGUGCGUUAGGGCCGAUCGCCCCGGGCCAAAACACAACUCUUUCAAUUUGAAGCGACGCGAGAAUGUCAAGUUUUAAAGACUUGCGCAAAAACUUGCAUUAGACUGCAGUUGGAAUCACGUCUGUAUUAUUUUGUAAGCUUAUUAUGUAUCAUAACAUAAAUAUUUAAUACUUCAACACCAUAAAUAUAGCAACAGCAUCAGUUCAAGCGGUAAUUUGGUAUAAACUGAUAUGUUGCAGCUGGUCGCCUUUAUUUGCUGCACUGUUACUGGUUGGUUUGCUACACAAGCAUUCGUAGCUCACCUAACAAAAACACUCCUGUUUUUUUUUAAAUUGUUAUUUAUUCCAGUAUGCAAAAUAUCAUCUCAUUUUUGUUUUUGUUUGUUUUUUUACUCACUAUUAUUACCAAGCAGCAACCAGGGCUGGAAAAUGAAGCCAGUCCAUCAGUAUUACGAGCUGUGGUCUGAGGAGCUUGGAAGACUGAAGAAGCUUCUUGGAUGAGAGGUGAAACAUCUUCAGGAGACUUAAUGAAGUCCAAGCUCCUCAGACUACCAUGACCUGGAUGACUGAGAACCUACACAGACCUUAAGAGCUGUGGUUCCUCGGAUCAGUUUCUGUCAGUAUCCAGACUCGCAGGUUAAAGUCCACAUGCAGAAAUAAAUACGUUUACAGCCCCCUACACAAAGACAGUUUCUGCUUUCUAUACAGGCGUGACUUCUCUGGCCCCUACACAGACCGACCUACCUGCUAGCUGUCUGCAAGGCUCCCCUCACCUGGAGCUGUCAGGUUCCAUGAAUUGAAGCCGGACCUCUCGAUGGAGGUUGCGGUGCCCAUAUCCAGACGUUCAGUUACCAUUUAUUUGCUCUCCAUGUUACAAAAGUCUUCAGAGACUGGGGGGAACGCUCUAGUCGCCUUCGUUAACACCUCUACACGUUUUUUUAAUAAUAAAUUGUCAAAAACAAGAGUUGAUUGCUUCAAUAUGACAGUGAUUCCAAGGGCCUAAAUAUUACAUUUCACUAAUGAUCAACUAUAUGUAACAGUUGGCUAAAAAUAGUUAUUGGCUCAACAAUAACGGAUUAAAUAUCUAAAUAAUUUGCUACAAAAUAAUAAAUAAUGCACCUUCUGUCAAUUCAAAGGGUUUACGUGUGAGGACGUCAUAAAAAUCACAUUAAAAGGAUUUAAACACAGCCACAGAUGAACAACCACACAGGGCACAUUACAUCGUGUCAUUAUUUAACUAAAUCUAAGCCACAAAGCAGAAGCAGUGUGUGAAAUCCUAAAGACACGCCUUGAUUCAGCAGCUUGUAGAACCACCUUUACGUCCCACCGCAGCACCUCCGUCCGGUUGAGGUCUGGACUUUGAGUGAAUCUCCUUUCUGUGGCUGUAAAACAAGACCAAAUCUUCACGCCUCCACCACCGUGCUGACAGCAGAUAUGAGGAGCUGCGUUUAGCUUCUCCAAACCUGCCGCUCUGUGUUGUGGACAGACGUCUCUGCUUUGCUCUCAUGAUUUGUU